AUGGCGCAGGCGGUGCGCGCGCGCACGUUCGCGGUGGUGCCCGUGGUGGAGGGUCUGGCGGACCUUGGGAAUGUCUCCGCCGUGUGUCGCACCGCGGACGGGCUGGGGUUCCAAAACGUGCAUGUCAUCACCACCCGCAGCUAUGGGGACGAUGAUGCCGCUGCUGCUGCUGCUGCUGCUGGUGCCGCUGGUGCCGCUGGUGCCGCUGGUGCCGCUGGUGUUGCGGGUAGGGGUAUCACUGAUGUAUGGAGUGGUGGUGGGACGUAUGGAAAGGAGUACUUGUCGUGGGAGUUUGAGAGCGAUAGUGAUGGUGAGAGUGACAGUGGUGGUGAUGGUGCUGCGGUGGUCGUUGUAGGCGGGAAGAAGCAUAAGAAGAAGAAGAAGGGGAGGAGGAAGGGCGGGCCUAUGAACAUGUACAGGCAGAGCGCGCGAGUGAGCAUGGGGGCGGAUAAAUGGUUACAUGUGGAGACUUGGGAUACCACAGGGGAGUGCCUGCAGGAGCUCAAGAAACGGGGUUACCGCAUCGCCGUCACGUCCCUAUCUGAUCGAACUGUGCCCAUAUACGACGUGGACUGGACGAUACCUACUGCUAUCGUUUUCGGCAACGAGCACAGCGGUGUGUCAGAGGAGGUGGAGCGCGCAGCAGACGUGGUGGUGAGCAUCCCCAUGGUGGGCAUGGUGGAAUCAUUCAACAUCUCCGUUGCUGCCGCCCUCACCCUGCACCACGCUGCUCGCACGCGCCUCGCCUCCCUGGGCUAUCACGGGGACCUAACAUCAGAGCAGCAGCGCAUUCUCCUCGCACACUUCGCCCUGCGCCACCGGGGAGUUGCCACGCUAACCACUCGACCCACCAAGCUUCUUGCAAUCACCGCCCCCACGCCCGCUGCUGCCGCCGCUGCUGCUGCUGCUGCUGCCGCCGCUGCUGCUGCUGCAGCUGCUGCCGCUGCUGCUGCUGCAGCUGCUGCCGCUGCUGCUGCUGCUGCCGCUGCCGCCGCUGCUGCUGCUGCUGCUGCCGCUGCUGCCGCUGCUGCUGCUGCUGCUGCUGCCGCCGCCGCCGCCGCCGCCGCCGCCGCUGCCGCUGCUGCUGUUGUUGCUGCUGCUGCUGCUGCUGCUGCUGCUGCUGCCGCUGCUGCUGCGCAACCUCUCCACGGCGCAGGGGGGCGCGCCCACACCCGCUGCUGGCGGCGCUGGCAGCCUCUGGUCGCCACCCUCCAACGCCAGCGACGCUGCAUUGGCGUCUGCUGUGGAGUCCGAGGCGUCCCUAGCUUUCUCCCCCUUCUAUUAUCGCACAGGAGCAAGGCACUUGUUGCACCGCCUGAGAAUCGUGCAGAUGCUACAGGUACUCUUGCAGCAGCACCAAGUCCCAUUGAAUACUUGUUGCAACGCCACGGCAUCGACUCAUCGCUCCUCAUCCCUCCUCCUUCCUGCUCCCUUCCCCCGCUCUCGUUUCCCCUCUCCCUCUGUCAGGUUGGUGGACAACAGUGGCAGUCGGGCGGCAGGACGGGCGGCACGGCGGAGAGCUCAACGGGUGGUAUGAUGGUGUUGCUGGUGAUAGGCCCAGUGAUGGAUCGUUCAGUCCCCUCUAGCACCGGUGUCGCCACGACCGCCAUCUGCCUCGCAGCGCUCUUCGCUCAGAACGUCCCCCGCGCCAUCCGCUUCUUCCCAUCCCCUCAGCCAACGCACCGGACGUCCCGGGGCUCGUGUUUCACACUGGUGGGCCAACCUUCUCCUCAACUUGCUCUUGUACCUCAUGGCGUCUCAUGUGGUCGCCAUCACGUGCCACUUCCUCGCCGCCUCGCGCAUCACGACGUGUGUGGCGGGGCAGAGAGCCUGACAGGGCGAUGCGUGUGA